UUAGUUCUACGAAAUUUUACCUGAAAAACGAAUCUCUUUUUCUUAAUUACGUCUCAAAGUUUGAAAAGCAUUGACGAGGUCAGAAAGUAAAUGGGAAAUCGUUUCCCUUUGUAUUUACAUUUCCGAGUCCCCGAAGAACAGGUAAAAGAAAAAGGGCGUCUUUCGUUUUCACCCGUAUCCCCCUAACUUAAAAGGGUCGUUGACUUAAAGAAGGGUGGCAAUUUCCCUACGAACUAACGGUAGGAAGAGGUCUUUUGCGGUCAAGGUCAAGGAAGCGCAACAUCGCCAAACCGCGAGCAGCGUUGUAUUCGAACGAACUGGUCGAAUUUGAUCGUCAGUGCAUUUUGAACAAUGGUGCGACUCGUCCAUUUUUUCUUGUUCAUCUCUUCCACCACCUUUGCACUCACCCAAGUAAUACCCCUGCCACCGCCAUGUCCAAGCCCCAUUUACUGUCAUGGCCCACUGUUACACGAGGUUCAGAUGGCUAAAAUAUAUCGCGAUUCGAAAACCUUCGUAGACAAGAAAUUACGUUUCGACCCUGACCUAGUUGCUGCCAACUUUUCUCAACUGAUGGAUCUCACGCAUAAUAAACCUUCCCAAAAUGAUCUCAUCAUCUUCAUUAGCCAACACUUUGAAAGUGAAGGAUCUGAAUUUCAGCCGUGGGAUCCGUCAGAUUGGCUCGACGAUCCGUCCUUUCUCAAAAAAAUUAGCAAUCAACAAUUGAGAAACUGGGGGAAAGAACUGCACGGAGCCUGGAAAUUUCUCGGUCGUCAAAUCAAAGAUGACGUUCGAGACCACCCUGAAUUGUACUCUAUGAUUUACGUACCGAAUCCCUUCAUCAUUCCUGGAGGAAGAUUUCGAGAAAUCUAUUACUGGGAUUCUUACUGGAUCGUUCAAGGGCUUCUUCUCUCGCAAAUGAACCACACGGUGAGGGGCAUGUUGGACAAUUUCCUGCAGAUGGUGGAUGUUUACGGUUUAGUUCCCAACGGCGGUCGUAUCUACUAUCAGCAAAGGUCACAGCCUCCCAUGUUAAUCCCUAUGGUCGAUCGUUAUAUCAACGCCACUGGCGAUGUGGACUUCCUUAAUGGCCGACUGCAUCUCCUGGAAAAAGAGUUUCAAUUCUGGUUAACAAAUCGGUCAGUCUCUGUCAAGGGACACAUUUUGGCGCGUUUUAAUUCCGAAACAGAUGGCCCGCGACCGGAAUCCUACAUGGAGGACUUUCAUUCAUCUGCCCAUAUGAGCGAAAGUGAUCGACAAGAAUUUUACAUAAAUAUGAAAUCUGGCGCCGAAUCCGGUUGGGAUUUCAGUUCCAGGUGGUUCAUAGCGGAGGGAGGUCACAAUGAAGGAAAUCUAAGUCACAUUAGUACCAGAGACAUCAUACCAGUCGAUCUGAAUGCGUUCGUUUGUAUGAACGCUCGAAUACUCUCUGAAAUGUUCCGAAAAGUUGGCGACGAGGAGAAAGCACGACUCUAUCACGACAAGUACAUUGAAUGGAAAACAGCCAUUCAACAGGUGUUGUGGAAUGAAGAGCAAGGGAUAUGGCUAGACUAUGACAUUAGUAACAAUGUGCAGCGUUCUUACUUUUAUGCGUCCAACAUCGCUCCAUUGUGGGCUGGUUGCUGGGAUCCUACACCCACUGCUAUCGAUGCCGUUGUACACAAAGUUAUCGAUUACCUGGAAAAGAGUCAGUCCACGAAAUUUGCUGGUGGAAUUCCAACUUCAAUGCUCCACACUGGACAACAAUGGGAUUUCCCUAACGGUUGGCCACCAUUGCAGCACAUGUUGGUAGUUGGUCUUGAAAAUACAGGAGAUCCGAGAGCCAAAGCUUUGGCCUUUAAACUCGCACAGAAAUGGUUAAUCAACAACUACGACGCAUAUCAACAGAGUAUGCCCAAUGCAAUGUUCGAGAAAUAUGACGUCACCGUUGUUGGACUCCCAGGAGGUGGUGGUGAAUAUGAUGUACAGCUUGGUUUUGGAUGGACGAAUGGUGUCAUCAUGGAUUUCCUUAAUAUUUAUGGCGAUAGAUUGGUGACGGAACAGCCGACAAGUUAAAUUCAAAUUAUUGUAAUGCUUUCUAAUAUGGUUAAGAUGAAAAAAAUCUAUGAUUGUAUAGUUUUAUUGACUAUUUGUGAAAAGCAAUUUCUUUCCUGUUAUUAUUAGAUGACCUUACAGUAAUUUUAUUAUACUAUAAAUGUCUCAUGUUCCAGAUCCUAGUCUCCAUAUUGUACAUGAUUUUCAAUUGUAAUUUUAUCUUUCAUGGGGAUUUUAGAAUACAAAU